GAGCCAAGACCCCAUGGGAAGGAAUGCUUAAACCUCUUGACUCCAAAAAUAUUCAAACAAGCAAAGAAAAGAAUUAUCACAGUUACCCUUUACCUUGUCCUUCUCUCUAUAUCUAUUCUCCUCCUAUUUCUGUUUAGAACUCUAAAGAUUCUCCUCCUCUGUCUCUCUCAUUGUCUGUCUCUCAAUUCCAUGGCAUUGUUUUUAAGCAGAAUUGCCAUGAUUCAUGUUUUUCUUAUACUUUUCCUAACUUUUUCAGAUAAUUACGGUUUUCUACGCGGAAUCAAAUCCCUUGGUAUCAACUAUGGCCAAGUUGGCAACAAUUUGCCACAGCCAGAGAACGUUCUUGAUCUCUUGAUCUCUCUUAAGCUCACAAAGGCAAGAAUCUACGACACCAAUCCUCAAAUAUUGACAGCAUUUUCCAACUCCAAUGUUGAGCUGAUUGUGACUGUAGAAAACCAAAUGCUAGCUGUUCUAAUGGACCCUCAACAAGCUCUUCAGUGGGUUAGUACCCACAUCAAGCCAUAUUUUCCGGCCACGAGAAUCACAGGAAUCGCUGUAGGAAAUGAGGUUUUCACUGAUGAUGACACAACAUUACUAGCCUAUCUUGUUCCAGCCGUAGUCAACAUUCAUAGCGCGCUUGCUCAAUUAGGCCUAGAUAGAUACAUUCAAGUCUCAACACCCAAUUCUUUAGCGGUGCUCGCGGAAUCAUUCCCUCCUUCAGCGGGCACUUUCAAAACUGAGGUCUCAGGAGUUAUGUCGCAAUUUUUACACUUCUUGUCAAACACAAAAUCACCAUUUUGGAUCAAUGCAUAUCCAUAUUUUGCUUACAAGGAUAAACCUGAUGACAUACCCUUGGAUUAUGUACUUUUUAAACCUAAUUCAGGCAUGGUUGACCCUUACACCAAGUUACACUACGACAAUAUGCUGUAUGCUCAAGUAGAUGCUGUUAUUUUUGCUAUUGCGAGAAUGGGUUUUAAUGGAAUUGAAGUUAGGGUCUCGGAGACUGGUUGGCCAUCAAAAGGAGAUUCCGAUGAGGUUGGUGCCACCAUAGAGAAUGCAGCUGCUUAUAAUAAAAAUAUUUUGAGGAGGCAAUUGAAUAGUGAAGGUACACCUUUGCGGCCUAACAUGAGGCUGGAAGUAUAUUUGUUUGCUUUGUUCAACGAGGAUUUGAAGCCUGGGCCAACAUCUGAGAGAAAUUAUGGCCUCUUUCAACCUGAUUGUAGCAUGGCCUACAAUGUGGGGCUCUCUGCCCUUUCAAGUCCGUCGACGCCAUCGGCUUCCAUUUCCCUUACUUCCUCGGCCACAAAGGAUACAAACACAGAAAGCUUGGCGUACUGGAUGUUUGUGUAUUUGCUGACGUUCCAAGUUUUUAUCAGAAGAGCAUAUUAAGCGAGCGAUGGAGGAGUUGUAAAUAUUUUACAUUUUUGGUGAUCAGAAACAUUGGGGUCUUCGGUUCUUUGUUGGGGGUGAACCUCAAAGAAAGAAAGACCCCACGACCACCACAAUCAGAAAUCAAAGAUCCCGUUGUGCGCAAAUUUAAGAACCUCAAAAUUAAUAUUGACAAUUGUCAGCAGCACACUUCACAACGAAUUACACCCUCCUGCAGUUCUCUCAAUCAGCUUACUUUCCCCGGAACAACAAAGGAUAUCAUUUCUUCGAUUGUAAUUAUGCCAGGCAUUUAGAAAAUUUGUUUACUUUGUCAUUGUUUUUCUAUGUCUCUCUAGGACAUAUAAUUUAUAUGUAUAUAUAUUGUCAGAUUAAUAGCAAGUAAUGGCACUUAUAACAAUAUUAUCAA